AUGAUCGAACAAGAAUAUCCAGAACCUUAUGCGCGAAACACUCACGACCGACGGUGGCCUCCUCCUCCUCCCGCCCCGCCUGCCGGCUACGCCCAGAGCGCUUCUUCGGGUCCAUCCUUCAACGCCUAUCCACCGGCACCUGGACAUGCUCCCUACCCACAUGCUAACGGCCCUUUGCCGGGCGAUCAACUUAUCCGCUUCGGUCAUGCCAACCCAGCCGGUCAGCCAUAUGGCCCGGGUCAUGGUCCCUUUCCCUACGGCGCUCAGCUAACAGCAUCCGGCGCUCCUAUGUACCCUCCAUAUUUUGCGCAAGACCAAGCACACCGACAUCCUCGCCCACCGCCCCAGCCACGAAUUGAUCCGCACAACCCCCCUCAACCUCCUAUGCAUCCCAUGGGCGGUCAUGGCCCUUCGCCCUACGCGGCUUCCCCUUUCCACCACGAGAUGAUGUCCUAUGCCCCCAAUGGCUUUUAUAAUUAUCGCGAUCCCUAUUCCCUCGUUCAAGGCAUGAUACCGCCGUCUUAUUUCCCUUCAUAUCCUCAAGUACCGUCUCCAUCUCAACCAGAGGCCGCCUCCCCACCAGCACCGACCCCAGCUCCUGCUCCCACUCCUGCUCCUGCUCCUGCACCUCCGCCCGCGGAUGCUGCGAAGGAUGAAGCGAUCGCGCGUCUGGAGAAAUUGAUCUUGGACGACCGCACGGAACGCGAAAAUAAGGAAGCAGCCCGUCUAGCUGCGAUCGAGCGUGAGGCCGCCGAGGCCGCGGCUAAAGCGCAGCAGCUUGCACACGACCGCAAGAUUGCCGAGGAGGCUGCUAUGCUUGCUCGCGCGGAUGCGGAGAAAAAGGCUGCCGAGGACGCAGCCAAGGCUAAAGAAGAAGCAGAGAAAGCUGCUGCCGCCGCCGCCGCAGAAGCCGCUGCUGCGGCCACGGCUGCGGCAGCGGAAGCGGCGGCAACAGCGUCGGCAACAGCCGCUGCAGCUGCAGCAGAUGCUUCGAGCAAGCCUGCCCCAGAGAAGAAAAAGCCAAUCAAAUUCAAAGAUGCGGUCGGCCGAAAGUUCAGCUUUCCCUUUGAGCUGUGCAGCACUUGGCAGGGGAUGGAAGACCUAAUCAAACAAGCCUUCCUUCAUAUUGAGGUCAUUGGACCUCAUGUCGCGGAGGGGCACUAUGAUCUUGUCGGGCCCAAUGGCGAUAUCAUUCUACCCCAGGUUUGGGAGACGGUAGUCGAGCCCGAUUGGACAAUCACCAUGCACAUGUGGCCGAUUCCAGAGAAGCCUAAGGAGCCCGAUCCCCCUCCUGCGGCUGAUCCGCCUCCUACAAAGCCGGAUGCUCCUCCAGCUGCACCGGAGAAGAAGAAAGAAGGUACGUUUCGAUCCUUCCCUUGGAGCAGUGACACCUGCUGA